AUGGCAGUGGAAGACCUCGGCGACAAAGUGCGCAUUGUGCACCCCAAAAACCCAGACACCAAUGUCACCAUCCUUAAGUUUGGUGCCACGGUGAUCUCGUGGAAGGAGAAAGGACAGGAGCAGCUCUGGCUUUCUGAAGGAGCCAAGUUGGAUGGGCUGAAGGCUGUAAGAGGAGGAAUUCCGCUUGUUUUUCCUGUUUUUGGAAAGGGCACCAACGAAUCCGUUGUGAAGUUGCCUCAGCACGGUUUUGCUAGAAACUCGACUUGGGAGUUUUUGGGCCAGACUACCGAGGAACCCGUGGCUGUUCAAUUCGGUCUUGGAAAAGAAAACGUUGAUAAGGACACGUUUAGUCUCUGGGACGAGGGCAAAAACGACUUUACGUUGAUUUUGACCGUCACGUUGGCGGAAGAUUCCUUGACCACCGGCAUUGAGGUGGAAAACACCGGCAACACCACCUUUGACUUCAAUUGGUUGUUCCACACCUACUACAAGGUGGACGACGUCACAGACACGUUGGCCACUAAUUUGAUGGACCUGCGCUGCUUUGACCAGCUUUUGGGUGAGCAUUAUGUCGAAAAGCUGCCCAUGCUCAGUUUCCAGGAGGAGUUCGACAGAAUCUACAAGGACGUCGACAUGCACAAGGUGAUCCAGUUGGUGGACCGUGGCAACGUGUUGUUGACGUUGGAGAGACACAACUUGCCCGAUGCGGUUGUAUGGAACCCAUGGAUCAAGAAAUCCGAGGGCAUGGCGGACUUUUUGCCCAAGGACGGGUACUUGAAAAUGUUGUGUGUAGAGCCGGGCCACGUUGGUCUGACGGUGAAGUUGGCCAAGGGCGAGAAGUGGUCUGCUGCUCAGAAGAUGAUUCCUCUGGGCGAGAUCAAGGUCCAGACCAACAUCUACGAGGCCUAG